GUGAGUAGGUUCGUCAGAGCGCUUCCAAAAGAUACGGUACCGGUGGCUGCUACCACCCCGGGAUGCAUGUAGUGAGCAACCUCACAACGUUGACAAUGAUCCUGAUCGAGAUGUCAUGAACCCUGCAAGGCGAAAGUUUCCACCUUCUUUCUACCGCGAUGUCUUUCGACUUCUGAGGAGAGAUCAUACUCCCGUAGUAAAGGUAGCGCCCAGCCAGAUUGCCCCAGAUGCAGGCGAUGGCGUGUUUGUGUCAAUGCCACAAUCGAAAUCUUUGACACCCUUAUGCCUGUACCCCGGGAUUUAUACCCCAGGAUUGCCACAUCGAGCCGCUGAUGAAGAGAUUGUCUACAUGGCCAAUGAUCUACUCCCACCCAGUGGAAUAUCCAACGAGGACAAUGCCUAUAUCUUGAAUCUUUCUGAACUGGGUGGGUACAUGGAUGGAUUGGCAUUGGGAGGUCACUCCAAGAACAGACUGGAUGAAAACCCCGUCGCGUGUGCACACAUGAUUAAUCAUUCAUCGCAGCUUGCCAAUGCAAAGAUUGAGCCAUUUUACUGGGAGGACGUAUUUCGGGAAGGAGGGGAAGAAAGAUGCGAUACUGGCCAUUUGUAUGGCAAGCCCAAUGAGAUGCGAAACGACAAUUCGCCGUGGUAUUUUGACGGACUUGAGAACAAGCUGUAUCGUUUCAGAGACAGUGACACUCAGGUCUCCCUGUGUUGUGGAGUCGCUGUAUUCGCAACUCAGCCGCUCCAAGCUGGGCAAGAGCUGUUGCUGGAUUAUAAGCUGAACCAUCCUCUUCCUUCAUGGGCAGAGUCUUGGUAUGAAAUGUACUAACUGAGCUACGUGUAUUAACUGAUGCCUUUGCUGGCGAGUCAAGGUAUUCAGCACCCUCCUGCCAGGACAGGGGAUGCAUUCCAGUGGAAAAGCCAUGGUCACUACUAGAGAUUUCUGAACAGCAAACUAAAUAAUUUAGCCACAUAAAAUUCUACCCGACCG